CUCUAAAAUUUGAAUGACCCGUUGGAGCUAUACUUUAUCUACAGUAAAGUUUAAAACUUUUAUUUUUUAGAUUAUAAAAGAUGAAUUGGAGUUGCUGUUAGUGCUUUAAUUUUUGCCGAUAAUCUGAAAUAUAUUCCAUUUGUUUCUUGUCUUGCUUUUGUAUGGUAUAAUAUUCCAUUUCUCACAUUUUUUAGUUUUAACCCUUUUUGAAGCCAAAUACACCUCUCUAAGUUUCUGUUAAAAGCAUUUGUUCUUAGCUUAACUUCUCACUCCUGUAAAACUCAUAAUUUUCUGCCAUUUUUUUCUUCAAGAAUGAGAUAUUUUUGUGAAUAAAUAACUGGGGUCCUUAAGGGUUGUUUGGCUACAACUACAGAAAGAAAAUCCGAAAUCUUGGGUUUCUUUUUUGAAAUUUAAAUUUAAUGUGUAUGGUUCUGAAGUUUUUGUUCUUGAGGUAAGUUUUGUAUGUGCAGGGUGAAAACCCGGGGAUGGAACUCAGUAAAUUCACCCAGAAAAUGUACUGGGCAGUGGUGUUCUUGGGUUUUUACAGUGGGGUAAUAAUCUGUGGAGGGGUAAAACCUGAGGUUGUGAAUGUUGGGUGUAUGUUGAUUUUGACCUCCCCAGUUGGGAGAGUGACAAAACUGGCUGUGGAAACUGCAGUGGAAGAGGUAAAUAGUUCCAAACAAACAGUUCUUGGGGGAAGAAAGCUGAAUAUCACCACGCUUGAUAGCACUGCCAGUGGAUUUCUUGGGAUUGUUGAAGCAAUAAGGUUCAUGGAGACGAACACGGUGGCGAUAAUCGGGCCCCAGUCGUCGGUCAUAGCUCAUGUGAUCUCACACAUUGCAAAUGAGGUCCAAGUCCCUCUGCUGUCAUCUGCUGCAGCUGAUCCCACCCUCACUUCACUUCAGUUCCCAUUCUUUGUUAGGACUUGUCCAAAUGAUCUGUUUCAGAUGGCUGCUGUGGCAUCAAUGGUGGAGCACUAUGAGUGGAGAAAAGUGGUUGCCAUCUACAUAGAUGAUGAUUAUGGGAGGAAUGGCAUUGCUGCAUUAGGAGAUCAACUGGCCAUGAGAAGAUGCCAGAUAUCAUACAAAGCAGCAUUGAAGCCAGAAGCAACCGUUGAUGAUAUAAGGGACGCGUUGAUUCAGGUGGCUUUAAUGGAGUCCCGGGUUUUGGUCGUCCACACUUACCCAGACCAGAGUAGCUUGAACAUAUUUUCGGUUGCAAAGAGCUUGAAGAUGAUGGAGAGUGGGUAUGUGUGGAUCACCACACAUUGGCUCUCCACCGUCUUCGACACCGUGGGCCCGUUUUCUCCCGAUACAAUGGAAGACAUCCAAGGAGUCGUUACUUUGCGUAUCCAUACUCCAGACUCUAGUUUAAAGAGGCGCUUCAUCUCCAGGUUUAUGAACAUGAAGAAAACUUGGGAUUAUUGAUAAGAAAUGAAGAAUUACCAUCUUUAAAAUGGAGCAAACUUGGGAUUAUUGGCGUUAGUUUUUUUGUUGUUGUUAUUAUUAUUAUUAUUAUCUCAUUGUCCAAUUAAAUAAAAAAUUUAUGGCAUAUUCAAUUAUUCAUACUAUGAAUUAUUAAACUUGUUGAAAGUGCAUUGCAAGAUAAAUCACAUGAAAUCAUUUUUGUUUUACCCCCUCUUAUCCCAAAACAAGCUCAUGUUACCGUUU